CGGCGGCAGCAAGUGGUUGGGCCGCGCUCGUUUCCUUCCCUCCCCCUCGGCCUCGGGGUCCGCCCGCGGUGCCCAGUGCGCGGCGCCCGCGGCUCGGCUCCGCGUCCCCUCCCGCCGCCGCCGGCCGCUCCCUUCCCCGCCCGUCCAUGUCCCUGCCCGUGGUGCUCCCGGGCUCCUGCUGCCCUGUGGCCGGGCUCUCGGGCGGGCCGCAGGCCGGGGGCCCGGGCGCCGCCGCCACCGCCGCCGCCGCCGCCCAGGAGCCGCCGCUGCCCCCGCUGCGGCCGCGCUGGCCCCGGGCCGCCCUGCCGCCCCCCGUGCGGCCUCGCUGCGCCGCCACCGCCGCCGCCGCCGGGGUGCUGGCCGGGCCGCCCGCGCUCUCCUCCCGCCGGGCCGCCGCCGCCGCCCCGGGCUCGGCGCUGCUGCCCGCUCGCCCGCUGCUGUCGCUCGGGCUGCUGCAGCUGAUCCUGGGCUGCUGCAUGGUGGCGCUGAGCUUCGGGGCGCUGUCGCUGAGCAGCUCCCCUCAGGUGAAGAACUCGUGUCCGUUCUGGGCCGGCUCCUCGGUGAUACUCUCUGGAAUCAUAGGAUUAACAACUUGGAAACGGCCUAUGAUACUCCUGGUGAAUCUCUUUGUGCUGCUCUCCGUGGUGUGUGUCCUCUUAAAUCUAGCUGGAUUUAUCCUCGGCUGCCAGGGCGCCCAGUUUGUGUCCAGCGUGCCCAGGUGUGAUCUGGUGGACUUAGGCGAAGGCAAGAUUUGCUUCUGCUGUGAAGAAUUUCAACCAGCCAAAUGCACAGACAAAGAAAAUGCCUUGAAGCUCUUUCCGGUUCAGCCUUGUAGUGCUGUUCACCUUCUGCUUAAGAAAGUCCUUUUCGCCCUGUGUGCCUUGAACGCCCUGACCACCACCGUCUGCUUGGUGGCAGCCGCCCUUCGCUACCUCCAGAUGUUUGCAGCCAGGAGAGCCUGCAUCGACGAAUCUCAGAUUUCUGCCGAGGAUGUGGAAGAACACGGACGGAUCCCAGACCCCGAGGACUUCGUGCCGCCGGUGCCCCCCCCCUCCUAUUUCGCCACGUUUUACUCGUGCACACCCCGGAUGAACCGCAGGAUGGUCGGUCCUGAUGUCAUCCCCCUCCCCCAUAUCUACGGAGCACGAAUCAAAGGUGUGGAAGUGUUCUGUCCCCUGGACCCCCCGCCUCCAUACGAAGCUGUGGUGAGCCAGACGGACCAGGAGCAGGGGUCUUCAUUCCACGUGCCAGGAGGAUCGGAAGGUGCCACGAGCCCCUUGGAACCGAUCUGCAUGCCACUGACUCAAGGUGAGGACAUUCCUAACACACCUGGAGAAGAAAGCACAUCCAUCUCAACUCCCGAUGCAAACCAGCUGCCUCCCACGAGAAGCCGGACAGUCUUCCCAGCCCUGAGGACGAGAUCAAGGAGCGACCCUGUGCUCCAUCAUUCCGCAGAGAGAGCUGCCCCCGUGCUCAGCUGCGAAGCCGCGACGCAGACCGAGGGCAGACCGGACCUGGCCGCGGUGACCUUGAGGCGAGGUCUGCGGUGCAGAGCUGCGCGAUGCCGGCCCCGGUCCCUGAUAGAUUACAAGUCCUACAUGGACACCAAGCUGCUGGUGGCGAGGUUCCUGGAGCAGUCGUCCUGCAGUAUGACCCCCGACAUCCACGAGCUGGUGGAGAACAUUAAAUCCGUCCUCAAGUCCGACGAGGAGCACAUGGAGGAGGCCAUCACGAGCGCCAGCUUCCUGGAGCAGAUAAUGGCCCCGCUGCAGCCCAGCACUUCCGGGGCCCACGCGCUGCCCCCGCCCAGACGGCCUGGCUUCCUGCACCUGCGGAGCUGCGGGGACCUGAGCACCUGCGUCCCGGCGGGGAGGCCCCGAGCCGAGAGGAGGCUCCAGCGAGCAGAGGCCGAGCGGCCCCACAGCCUCAUCGGCGUCAUCCGGGAGACCGUCCUGUGAACCUGUGGGGUCCCCCCCCCCCGCCCCCGCAGCGCCUCCCAACCCCCUCCACCCUGGCGUUGGCCGGGGAGGGGGCAGGACGGCAGAUGGACUGGAAGGUGGUGGAAUGAUCCCCCCCUGACCUUGGAGCGCCUGCUGGAAGGGGCGUGACCUCUGGGCGCUCCGCAGAAGGGGGCCAGGCCCCCCGGAGGAUAUGUGUUCCCACUGUCCAGCUCCUCACUCUGCUGACUGAGAACAUUCAGGGGUGGACAAACGGGUUCUUCCAGACCCAUUUCGCUUUCGGAGGCCUGAUCUGGAGGCCCCGGAGGCGGCCUCCCUACAGCGUCUGCCAGGUCACGUGGGCCGAAACUGGGCUGACGAGUCUUUGCCCACCUCCUUCCCCCUGCUCCCCGAGCACCCCCCACCCCCCAAAGACAGGGCUGCUGGCUCCCACAGCCUUCCACUGCUGGGCCAGGGGGUCACGGGCACAGAAGCAGGACAGUUAACCCUGGUGUUCUGCACGUGUCAAGCUUCGUUUUAGGUCGUCCCCACAUCGCUCAGUGACAAAUGGUAAGGAAAGACGUUUAGGGAGAGGUUCUUGCUGAUUCCAUGUAUUCGUGCUUGCAAAACUCGAGAUGGUGAAGGCCCAACCGAGAAUAAAAACAUGUACUUUGGA